GUCAGUCACGGUGGAGCGUUCGCGGAAGGUGUACGGUGACGUUCUCCGUUGUGUCGACGAGAGUGUUGGUCGUAUUGCGAUAGCCUUUUUGAUGUGAUUUAAACAUAACAAUUAGAAAAAUACUUUAGAUUUGUAUUGAUAUUGUGUGAUUGAAUUAUUUCUUGAUGAUGUGAUAUGGUGAUACAGUGUGCAUACUUUGCUUGUUUACAGUAUGGCGUGAUUGCGAAAAAAUAAUGAAAAUCAUAGCAAACCACGUGAAUUUGUGCCAGCUUAGUGAAUGCAGAAAUAAAAAUCCUUAGACUAUGCAACAACAGUGAAUCCACUACUGAAGUUGAGGCUGCAGCAUCCACGAUGGAGGUCCAGGACGACAAGCUUGACGUGUGUCCUGAAGACGGAUACCAGCAGUCCAAGCCCCCGGAAGAAACCCGAAGGAUACGGGGCUUCCGCCGCAGAUUUUCGGAGUCCGCGAGGGAUUCCCACCCGGAGAGCAUGUCCCGUCUGGCACGCUUUGGCACGGGGCUGCGCAGGAGGCUCUCGGGGUCCACCCGAGACUUGUUCUCCUCCACGGCGACGGCCACUGCAGUAGGAGGCGCUGACGAGGCCAAACCCGGGAAUAAUGGGGCUCUCAGGCGUCACCUGUCGGCCUCCAUGAAGGACCUCCUGCACGGCGGAGGUGUUCAGCGCGGAGACAGUGAUGCCGAAGGCAUAGGACGACGUCUCUCUCGCCGCUUGUCCCUCCUGGCGGGGACGGUCGCCAGCAGGUCGGACCACUCGCGAGGAUCGCUGAGGGUGCGGCUGCCGAACUUCCGCAGAUCAAGGACCUUCAGCGUCAACAUCAUCUUGCCAGACUCUACCUCGAGGAUGGUCAUUUUUGCUGUAAAGAAUGUAGCAGGUCAUUAA